AUGGCGGAACAGUACUGCAAUCGAACGUUGGAAGAAUUUCUACAACUUGCCCGUUACAGAGAAUCUUUCUUCUUUUCUCUCUGUGUUUCAAACUUCGCGUUUUCUCUCGUGACAAGUCUUGGAAAUAUUUUAGUAAUUCGCGCCUUAUUCAAAGCUUCGUCAAUACCAGCCAACGUCAAGAAGCUGUUCCUUAGUCUGGCUUUCUCUGAUCUUGGGGUGGGAUUGGUGUCAGAGCUAAUGGCCGGCAUUAUUUUUGCCGUGAUACUGAACACAGCAUCAAAACAAGAUUACAACUUAACGUCACUCUGUCCAACAGUUAUAAAUUUGUGGUUAUAUCUCUUCUUUUUUCUCUGCGCUGCAUCUCUCCUAACUCUCACGACCAUUGCAUUCGACAGACUUCUCGCUGUUUCGCUCCAUCUGCGAUAUCAAGAGCUUGUCACGUCCAAACGUGUCACUAUAGUAUUGAUAUCUAUAUGGUGA